AUGGAGGAACCAACACAACAAAAUAAUCGAAGAGAGAGGAUUGAAAAUGGGGUGGAAGAUUUACAUUUGGAUAGGGUCGUCGCUUCCCAACCUGAGAUCGGACCCACCCCUCCUGAUGGAGGAUACGGUUGGAUGAUAGUUAUUUCAGCAAUUAUAUACAAUGUAACUGUGCCUACAGUGAUUAUAUUAUAUGGACUGGUCAUAUUAAAGUCAAUACGUGAAGAGGAUCACGCUGAGGGUGAAAAAAUGAAGAUAUGGGAUCAGGACUUAGCGUUAAUUCCAGUUAUUAUGAUUGUGAUAAGACUUUUACUUGAGUCAUGGUGCAGAGCUGUUGUGAAAAUAUUUAAUAUGCCGAGAUUUACUGCCCUGGCUGGAUUGUGUUUGACCAUUGCAGGGAUUCUACUUUCCAGUUAUUCAACUAAUGUGUACGAAAACGAUCAUAUAGUAAAUAUAUUUGCUGGAAUUUUCGCUGGUGCUGGGUCCGCUUUAACCGGACAGCAAACUGACGUGCUUAUAACCCAUUACUUCAGAGAUAAGCUCACCACUACUCAGAGGCUGGUACGAAUGGCUCCGUCUCUUGGAAAUGUAUUAUCAUGUCUACUCGUUGGGUAUCUCUGCACAGUGUAUACAGCUGAUGUGGUUGUCAUGAUAUACGGAGCAUUACUGAUGCAGAAUUGCUUCUUCCUGGCCGCGUAUACCAGACCAGUGUAUAUAGAAAGAGUUAUAAGGUCGACCUAUAAUAUGAUUCGGGCGGUUGAAGAUGAAGAUGAUGUAAUUUUCUCCAACCAAACUGCUGAUAGAUCCCAAAGACCAACAGGAAGCCGUGAUAUGAGAGUGGAAGUGUCAUCGGAGAAUCCGGUUUCCGUUCAAGAUGAAGAUGCAAAUGACGUGGUUGUAUUCAAAUCUAACAGAAACGCAAGAGAAAUAAUCGACCCAGAAGUAGAGCAACGGGAAAAUAGCAGAGAUAUGAGGUUCUCAACCGAUUUUAGUACGAUGUUCGAAACGCCGAAUCGAUUUUCUUCCGAUUUUGGUAAUUUGGACGUGAUGAGCUACAGCCGUAUCAACGGAUAUCAGGAGUUGGAGAAUAUUGAUAGGGAGCAACACCCGCAGCCGUUAUAUAGAGAGACAACUGUGAAUGCUCCUUCAAACAGUUUGGUCUUCACAUCAGAUGUUACUCCAGGAACAGCCAGACGAACUGCCUCCUUGAAAAAGAACUUCAUAACCGUUGUUAAUAUGUUGCUAGAUUUCAAUUUCUAUUUGUACACAGUUCUACAUCUGUGUACGACGUUCUCAAUUCUAAUUCUUGGGUUGCUCUUCCCGUCGAUGCUAUGGGAGCUCAAUCCGAGUAUGAAUAUAUGGUCGGUGUCGGUGUCAUCAGCUGUAGCUUACAGUGGCGCGUUUUGUUUCAUCAUUCUGAUCAUUGCGCUGCCUCAGAACAUCAACGAGAAGGCGCGUCUCUGUACUGUGUUCUGUUUGAUUGGGGCUGUUGGCUUUUAUGGUAUAACUCUAUCAUCCAGUAAAAGCUUCAUGGUUGUGUGGUGUACACUGGCAAGUCUCGCGACGGCCGCUUCAAGUGUUUUACAGCAACCAUUAUACAAUUCGCUAAAUGACUUUGACACAAUUGCCACUAUGACAACCGCGAAUGCAAUUGUCGCUAUUUUCAUAAUGAUAUGGUCUCUCGUUUAUAAUUACGAAUACAGAACAUGUUUUUUCAUAGCCAGUCUUUUACAAACUGGGACAGGCUGUUUGUUUUUUGCCGCGUCGUUUAGAAGACGGAGAUAG